GAAGGGGCGUCGGGCGCGCUUGGAGAGCCCCCCGCGCGUAAAGGCGCAAGCUGGAGCCGGCUGGAGGAGAGAAGCGAGGAACGCCAGACUCGAGCGUUAGCAGCCCAGCAACCGCCGCCCACGGCGCGUCCACAGCCGGGGAGGGGCUGCCAGAACGCACGGGCGGGUGGGCUUCUCUGAGCGCCUCCGGAGCGACCAGAGCAAGGCGAAGCAUGUCGGUGUCUCUGAAGAAGCCAGAGGAAUCGGAGGGGUCCGACACGUUGCAAGGCAAGGACCAAAGAGAGCGGCGGGGCAGAGACUCAUUCCGGGGGGAGGAGAUUAUUACUUUUGCAUAAAGGCGGCGAGGGGGAGGACAGGAACCCAAUUCAGGGAGCACCAAGGACCCCACAGUCCUCAGCCGCCUCCUCUAUUCCACAAAUCUCAUUCCCUUCCAGCACUGAUCAUGUGACCUAGUUGGGUCAUGAAACGUGUGCAAGAAACCCAGCAAACUCCGAAAGCACCAAAGACCCUACAGUCCUCCUCUUCUUCUACUCAAUAAACCCCACUCCCUUCUAGCACUGAUAAUGUUACCAAGUUUGGGCCAUGAAACGUCUGCAAGGAAACCGCCCAGCUCAGAGAGCACCAAGCACCCUUCAGGGUUUUGUGAAGAUGACCGUUGCAUCCAGAUUGCAAAAACCACGUUUUUCUUUUCUCUUCCCCCUUUCUUCCCCACUCCCCCACCCCUCUGCAAAGAUCCAGAAGAUAAUUUGGCACGAGGAGAAUUGUUCCUGCUGAUCUUGUCAGUUCUAUGCCUCCUCAUGACUUUUCCCGUUUCGAUCUGGUUCUGCUUACAGGUUGUUACCGAAUACGAAGAACCCGUCAUCAUGAGGUUCGGACAUGCACGGAAAAAUGUCGGAAAAGGAGCAGGGGUUUAUUUCAUUCUGCCCUGCACGGACAGUCUUACCAAAGUCGACAUGAGGACAAAAGCAAUAGAAUUGCCCUUCCAGGAAAUUUUUACUAAGGACCCCCUGAUCAUUGAUGUCGACGGGGUAAUUUAUUACCGCGUCCAAGAUGCCUUCCUUGCCGUAACCAAAAUCUCCGAUGUGGAUGCUGCCACCAACCUUUUAGCCAAAGCCAUCAUGAAGAACACACUUGGGGCUCAAACCCUCUCCCACCUCAUCUCCGACAGAGAAAAAAUUGCCAAAGAGAUCCAGGUCCUGCUAGACAACAUCACACGUGACUGGGGAGUCAAGGUGGAGCAUGUGGAGAUCAAGAAUGUGAAGACACAAGUAAAUGUUGUCUCCCCAAGGAGUGUGACGCCACAACCACUGAAAGAAGUUUCUAUCUUCCUUCAAGAUUCUCCUGUCUCCAUCCAACUCCGUUGCUUGAAGGCAGACAAUGCUCAUCCUAGCCCACACAUCUCCACUAUUAUCUUUAGUUAACCAAGCUAAGCGGAAAAGUAUUGAGAAGGAAGCCAUCAACAGAAGCUGCUUCUCCAGAACGCAGGCUGCUUUGGCAAGAAGCUGGGGUCCUCCAGAACCCAAGGAAGAUACAGGGAUAGAUGUAUUUGUUUGUUUGUUUUUAAGGUUCGAUAUUGUUUCUAUUGUUCUCCCUUCCCCACAAUACCAAUAAAAUUUAAAGACAGGGAUCACCUUGGCAGCUAGUUCCCUGCGAUGGUGAGUUCAGAGCUUAUGGAUGCUUGAGGUGGCUCCUGGAAGGGAACUUGUUAGCAAAAGGAUCGGUUCAGGAACCAUGGUUUCUUCAUGGUUUGGUGAAUAGACUGGCAUGAGUUCGUACAACCGAAGGGGCAACAAUUGCACAACUUCCUUGAAGGGCACUCUGAUUGAAGCACCUCCAGAAGUGGUGGGUGCUCCAUCACUGGAGGUUUUCAAGAAGAGACUGGAUAUCCAUUUAUUCAGAAUGGUAUAGAGUGUCUUGCUUGAGCAGGGGGUUGGACAAGAAGACCUCCAAGGUCCUUUCCAAGCCUGUGAUUCUAUGUUCUCUUUUGGCCAACAUCCAUGUCUCUUAGCCUGAGAUGGGAACGGGGAAGGCCCUUUGGAGACCAAGAUGUCAACCCCAAUACUUAGAACAUAGAAUAAUAGUGUAGGAAGGGACCUUGGAGGUCUUCUAGUCUAGUCUAACCCUUGCUCGAACAGAAGAACCUAGACCAUUUCACACAAAUGAUGGUCCAGUCUCUUUUCUGAAAACAUUGUGGGUGAUGGAGCACCCAAAAUUUUUGAAGGCAAAUCAUUCCAUUGCUUGAUUGUUCUCAUGAUUAGGAAAUAUCUCCUUGGUUCUAGAUUUCUUCUCUCCUCACUCAUCCAUUGUUUCUCGUCCUGCCUUUUGGUGCUUUGGAAAAGAGUUUGACACACACACACCUGUCUUUGUAGGAGCCCCUCAAAUAUUGGAAAACUGCUUCUUUUCAUUAGACCAGACAUACCCAAUUCCUAUAACCAUUUUUCGUAUGAUUAGGGGGCUGGAGGCUAAAACAUAAGAACGAUGACUUCUCUUCCAAAGCACCCCAAAACUGGCAAGCCUUUUUACUGAUUCUAUACAAGCUUUAUUAAAGGCCUUUUUUUCUUCUUCAAAGCAGCAGCAAGGGGUCAAAACAAUACAGUUCGUGGACUUGCCUCAGCUACUGAUCAGCUUCUGGAGCUAUUUGUUAAUUUUAAUUAUUAUUAUUAUUUUAAAAAAAAGUGCCUGUAGGAGAUGGAAGGAGACCUUCGAAAGCCGCACACUUUUUCUCCUUCCCAGUAAUAAUAAUAAUAAUAAAAAAAGGGAGAGAUUUCUCUCGUCACACAGCCAGCUCUGCCAAAGCCCUCUCCAAAGGAUCCACGUUCCAAUAAUCAUCCUCCCAG